AUGGCCAGGUGCUGUAUAGGACAGAUGACAUCCAAAAAUAAGAAUUCAAUGCUCAACUAUUUUGAUCAUUCCGUCAACCAAGGAAUCAAAAACAACCAUUUUCUUGAGCCUGGUCAAGAGUUUCAUUUAAAGAUGGAAAAUGGAAAUAAAGAGGAGAGAAAGAGGUACCGCUGCAAUAUGUGUGGAAAAGAAUAUCUAACAAAACAGGGACUGAAUCUUCAUCUUCCAUCACACAUGGGGAUAAAACCAUUUAUGUGUAGUUAUUGCAACAAAGGUUUCUCUCAAAAUGGAGCUCUGAAGGAAAUAUAA